UAAUUCAAUACCAAACACACUGCAUACUUUUUUAUUGAUUUUGUACGGACAUAUAAAUCCAACGAUGAAUUAUUUGAGCGGACAAAUUAAUUUAUUUGGAAUUGUGUUCAAUAUAUUAUUACUAACCUUCAAUGCAAUUGCAUGGCAGGUACCUGAAGUUAAUUAUCAAGCAUCAUUUUUAGCAAAUACAGGGUUUGAGACUCCUUCAUAUCCCACAGUAAAUUAUCAAGUGCCAGUUUUACCAGUACCGCCAGUGUCUACUUAUCCAGCGAUAAACUAUCAACCACCUGUGUACACAUCAUCAUGGCAAGAAAGUCAAAAGUCUGGUUCAACAGGUUAUCAAGGACCAAUGUUAACACCAGCAUAUGGUGGAAGAAAUAAUGCUUAUCCGAUCGCUUCUAAUGUUGGAUCCAAUAAUUCGCCUUCGGUGCAAAGGCCAAAUUAUGGUUAUGCUUAUACACCACAACAAGCAUAUGCACCAAACUAUGAUUAUGGGCCCAGAAACUACAAUUAUCCGAAUCCAACCUACGCUGCAUCCAAUCAUGGUUCAAGAAGUUAUGAUUAUCCAAGAUCGCAUUCGAGUCCAGUGCAAAAUAUACAUACACCCAACUAUGAUCAAACCUAUCCCGCUUCGCUACAUUUUGGAUCAAAUCCAAUGGCAAAUCAAGGGCCAGUAUCAAAUCAUGCAUUCGGUCCAAAUGAAUCUCAUGUGGAAUCAAAUCAAGUUUUUGAUCAAAGAAAUUAUGGAUUUUCUAGUGCAAGUCGGCAUGAAACAAACACCCAACCACUUAUAGGAGAUGUAUAUUAAAAAAAUUCAAUAAAGAACACUCCAAAAAUUAUUUUAGUGCUAAUUCCUCAU